CCGGCAUUCAACCAUCGGCAACUCCGGCUUUCAGACGCGAAAGGGAGUAAGAGUUCUCAGCUGUGUUGACAGUUUUUGAAACGCGCUGUUUUUAUCUCAAAAGCGUUUUAAUUUCUCUGACAGAAUAUCAUCGUUGUGGAAAUAUCUUUCAAACCUAUCUCUGAUUUCAGUUUUGAAGUGAAUCAGAAAAGGUUUCGAUAUUCUUGAAUUUGUUGUAGCCGACUUCAAGUUAUCUUUGUUUCGCCCCCCCCCCCAAGUUGAUCAGAAAAGUACAAUUAUCUUGAGUGAGUGCUGCUGAGAUGGCUUCAUCAACGGGGCUCGUUUUGGGAGUCUUAACAUUAUGUUUCAUCAUCGGAGAGGUUGAGCUAUGUUCGUGCUUCUAUUCCCAUCCGCAGGAGCAUUACUGCGUUGCUGAUUUUGUUGCUGUGGUGAGGGUGAAAUCUCAAGGUAAAGGCGAUGGUGGCAUAACAGCAUAUCACAUCAAAGUCAAGAAAGAAUUUAAAAUGACUGAGAAAGCUCGUCAUGCCCUAAGUCAAGGCUUAAUUUGGACAAGUAGUCAUGAAGCGGCCUGUGGAGUCACGCUUCAUCCAACGAGAUAUCUCAUUGCAGGACGUAUUCGUGGUGAGAAACCUUUUGUGUCUCUUUGCCACUUUGUUCAAGAAUGGCCCAAGCUCUCACCCAAACAAAAGAAAGGUUUCCGCAAACUUUAUCAGCAAGGAUGUCGUUGUAGAGUUCGUAUGCCAAGCUUCGUAAAGAAUCAUCGUGAGCCUUAUUGCGCUUGGGAAACAUUCCGUGGCAAGACAGACUGUCAAGGAUUGUAUUCUCUAUGCGUUCCCAUGGCGCAUACUACGAAUGGCACAGAAGAAUGUUCCUGGGUGAGCACAGCGCAGUACAGACGGUGUAUGAAAGAACGGAAAUACGAAAGAGAGAUGGAGCCCUAAACAAGAUUUAAGUUUCCUGAAUAAAAGAUCAAGGAUCUAUUGGAUCGCAUAAAACUGUGUAUAUACGGGGCAAGACAAACGUAUAUAUAUAUAUAUACAUGUAUUAGAUCUGAUAUCUGUGUACGAUGUAACCAUGUAUAUGUUACAGCUUUAGUUAUCAGAGGUGUUUAUAUCUAAAUUUUGGUGUGAAAUCUAAUAUGUAUAUUAUUUGGCAGAGGAACAUCUACAAAACCUUUAAGCAGGAACUUAACUUCAUUGUUUAUAUUACGAUACUAUGGGUAUUACAUUAUAUAUGAAAAAUCAGAUCCUGUUUCAAUCGAACUUGGGGAAUGUAAAUUUCAUUAUUUUUUGUCGGUGUUCCUAAUAUGCUUAAACUUGUAUUUAUUUGUCAUUCUUUAGUGUUCAUGUUCGGAUUUUAAUUUAGUUUUACCUGUGGUCAUAUUGUGUAUUGAAUGUGGAAGAAAUAUUCAGUAUUAAAUUCUGGAAGAAAUGAGAUGUAUUUGUAAGAUUAGUGUUCAGUUUUUUAUAUAGGAUGAAAUCCACCCUUUAAAAGUUUCUUUCUGCUUAGUAUAUGGAUAUGCUAGGGCCAACUAUGAUUAUAAAUUUGCAUUGUUGCUUUUGUGCAUUAGCUUGCACGUGAUUUCAUUUUUUUAAAGAAGACUUAAAUGACGUGAUGAGUGAUGAACUCAUUUAAUUUGUAAAAACGCAUAGUUGCUAUAUUCUCCAAUAUAUGUUUUAAACCAACUGUUCAUUUCACAAUAUUAAAUAUAUGUAGGGUUGUGUGCUUUUAGAAAUUGUCAUUUUAAUCACUGGUUAGUUGCCAUUUUUUUAAAUGAAAAAAUGGACACAUUUUCAUUUUGUUAUGCAUGCAUUUUUUUAUGUAUUUCAUUCAAUAUUUUGAAGAUUCAUGAAAUUGGAUCGUAUGUAAAAUUUUAUUUCAUUCUCAACUGUAUGAUACUUUAAUCUGAGAUUUUUUUAAGUAGCGAAAAUGAGUUUUUUUGUGAAUAUGUUGUGAUUCUAUGCGUUCGGGAAACGCAAUAAUUUUUUUAACCGGAACAAAGAAAAUUAAAAAUUAAAACCCGAAAAAUGAUUUUAAAAUUAUUUGUGGAUUAUUAGAAUCCUAGAAAAAUAUGUACGAUUUCUAUUAUAUAUGUGUGUGUGGUAUGAAACAAUGUAUAUUUGUUUUAAGGAUUUUUCCUUUCUGUACAGUAUCUUCCUUUUUUGUACUUUUGAGUAUCGGCUGAAACAUGGUAUUUAUAUUAUGAACAUCAUAAUUUUGGGUGUGAAAUUUACAUGUAAAAAAGGGACACGUAACGCGAAUAAAUACUAUGUCUCUAAAUUUUUUCCUUAUAUGCAUUUCGUCGAAUUUAUUGCAUUUUUAAUUUAAAAAAAAUAAUGAUUUAUUUAUUUCUUAAGAAAAAGUAAAAGCCUUAGAUUUAGAAACAGUUUGCAUAGCUCAUUUUGCAUGUUUAAGAAAUUAAGGUUUAUUGAAACUCUGAGAACCAGACACUUUUUUAAAUUAUUAAAUGCUUAUAAUCCAAAUUACCUGAAAUUCAAGUAUGUUAAAAACCAAUUAAAAUUGAUUUCAAUGAAUUUAAUUUUUUAUAAUUAUCCAAUCCUAAAUCUGUUAAUUUAACUUAUUGAGAUAAAAAAAAAAUUGUACCUUUAAAUUUUUACUAAGAAUUAUACUAAAUAUAUUAGUUCCAAUGCAUUAAUUGGAAUGUUUCAUCCUAUUUUUGAGGCCUGAAUGAGCUUAAGCAGAUGGAUAUAGUUUUUUUGCGUUUGCUAAUUCAAUGAAAUUCAGUGCCAUAAAUGCUUCAUUAUCUGAGGCUGAAAUUCAUUAUCAUUCAUCAUUAUUCAAGUCAUUAGAUUCCAGCUUUUCUCUACAGUAAUCGUAGAUUAAACACAUAUUCUUCAUUUUAAUUUAAUUUUUUACAUUAUUUUAUCAUUGAGGCGAAUGUAGGAUACACUUACGCGUCUUAUACUUUUUUGUAAAGCCUAGAACAUGCGAGUAAAAUCUUGUUAAGGUACGCUUGACAAAAGCAUACUUCUUGUUUAAGUUCAAAUGAUUUCUUUCUAUGUUUUUGCAGGCAUGUUCUAAGUUUUUAUUCAUUUCAUGUAAAGCGUUGGAACUGUAUCUGAAAAGAAUAAGGAAGAAAAAUGUGAGUUUUUUUUAUGUAGAUUUGGUUGAACACAUUUAUUUGUAGUUUUACUGUGAUAUGUCGAUAAAACGGAAGAGAGCUUACAAUGGCCGAUUUUAGUCUGCCUCUGUGGCUCAUCUUUUACGCUUUACUGACCUCAUUAGUUAUGAUUUGUACGUACAGUUUCCAUAUGUAUGUUAUUUUCUUUCUUUUUGUAAAUAAACGUUUUUGAUACUUAA